AUGGGUAGCAACAUGCCGACAUCUCCUCAUUCCCUCCACUCGCAUUCGCCCGUGCAUAGUGAGAGCAGCCUGUAUUCGGCUCAUCCUACUAAUGAAGGGAAUCCCCAGAAUCAAGGUUACGGUUACGGAUACGAAGAAAAAAACGAAGCCGAAAGUCACCAAUCUCUUCUCCACGGUGGAAAUCAGCAAAGUCCCUUGAAUCCCAGCUUUGAUGAUCCUUAUUCCUCAAACGAUGCCCUUCGCCGUUAUACCCUCCAAGAUCCCGGAGUGGCCGCUUUCCCCGAAGGCGCAUACCAGGAUACAGCAAUUGGUUCGGGUUUCGAUCGCAACUCAGUGGCUCCGACCCCUGUAUCCGAUAGUACUUCGGAAGCAUGGCAAAAUCGACAGGCUCCAUCAGGACUGCGACGCUAUGCUACCCGUAAAAUCAAACUUGUGCAGGGUUCCGUGCUCAGUGUGGAUUACCCAGUUCCAAGUGCCAUUCAAAAUGCGAUCCAGAAAGAGUAUCGCGAAUCUGAAGAGGGAUUUCCGGAGGAAUUUUCACACUUGCGCUAUACCGCCGCAACGUGUGAUCCUGACGAAUUCACCCUUCGAAACGGAUAUAAUCUUCGGCCUGCGAUGUACAACAGACACACCGAAUUGCUCAUCGCAAUCACCUAUUACAACGAAGACAAAGUGCUGACUGCACGAACACUGCAUGGUAUCAUGCAAAAUGUUCGGGAUAUUGUCAACUUGAAAAAGUCCGAAUUCUGGAACAAGGGAGGUCCAGCCUGGCAAAAGAUCGUGGUUAGCUUGGUAUUUGAUGGUAUUGAUCCUUGCGACAAGAACACUCUCGAUAUGCUGGCCACAGUUGGUAUCUACCAGGAUGGUAUCAUGAAGCGAUCCGUCGAUGGGAGAGAAACUGUUGCUCAUAUUUUCGAGUAUACUACGCAGUUGUCUGUCACCUCGAGUCAGCAAUUGAUUCGUCCUCAGGGCAAUGAAUCGACUAACCUGCCUCCUGUCCAAAUGAUCUUCUGUCUGAAGCAAAAGAACAGCAAGAAGAUCAACUCUCAUCGCUGGCUGUUCAAUGGUUUCUGCCGUAUCCUUAAUCCUGAAGUGGUAAUCCUCAUCGAUGCCGGCACAAAGCCUGGAAAGAAAUCACUUCUUGCCCUCUGGGAGUCAUUCUAUAACGAUAAGAAUCUUGGUGGCUCUUGUGGUGAAAUUCACGCCAUGCUUGGUAAAGGCUGGAAGAAUUUGAUGAAUCCCCUAGUUGCGGCCCAGAAUUUCGAAUAUAAGAUUUCGAAUAUUCUUGACAAACCCCUAGAGAGUGCUUUUGGAUAUGUCAGUGUGUUGCCAGGUGCCUUCUCGGCUUAUCGUUACCGGGCUAUCAUGGGCCGACCACUUGAGCAGUACUUCCACGGUGAUCACACACUAUCAAAACAACUAGGCAAGAAGGGUAUUGAAGGCAUGAACAUCUUCAAAAAGAACAUGUUCCUUGCUGAAGAUCGUAUUCUGUGCUUCGAGUUAGUGGCCAAGGCUGGUUUCAAGUGGCAUCUCACUUAUGUCAAGGCCUCUAAGGGUGAGACUGACGUCCCAGAGGGUGCUGCUGAAUUUAUCAGUCAGCGACGUCGUUGGUUGAACGGCUCCUUUGCUGCCAGUUUGUAUGCUGUUAUGCAUUUUGGCCGUCUCUAUAAGAGUGGUCACAAUAUCAUCCGCUUGGCCUUCCUGCAUCUGCAAAUGGUUUACAACUGUGCGGGUCUUAUCAUGACAUGGUUUUCUCUAGCUUCAUUCUGGCUGACUACAUCGGUUAUUCUCGAUCUCGUGGGAACUCCAAGUCCAUCGAACAAGAAUAAAGGAUGGCCCUUUGGUAAUGAAGCAACGCCGAUCGUCAACAAUUUCCUGAAAUAUGGAUAUGUCUUCUUUUUGAUGCUUCAGUUCAUCCUAGCACUGGGUAACCGACCUAAAGGCUCUCGUCUUGCGUACACGCUUUCGUUCCUGUACUUCUCUAUUUUGCAAUGCUACAUUCUCGUCGACUCGUUCUACCUUGUGGCUAAUGCAUUCAUGGGAGGUACUCUGGAUUUUAAAACAUCCGACGGUGUUGGCGCGUUUUUCAAGUCUUUCUUCAGCUCCAGUGGCGCUGGUAUCAUUGUGAUUGCGUUGGUCACUACCUACGGUAUCUACUUCCUUGCUAGUUUCUUGUACAUGGAUCCAUGGCACAUGUUCUCGUCUUCCUGGGCCUACUUCAGCGGAAUGACCUGCUCGAUCAAUAUCUUGAUGGUUUAUGCCUUCUGCAACUGGCAUGAUGUCUCUUGGGGUACCAAGGGUUCCGACAAAGCCGAAGCACUGCCGGUGGCUCAAACACAGAAAGACGACAGCAAAACCAAUUUUAUUGAAGAAGUCGACAAACCGCAGGCUGAUAUCGAUAGCCAAUUUGAGUCUACUGUUAAACGGGCGCUGGCGCCAUUUGUGCCUCCUGUGGAGGACGACGAAAAGAGCAUGGAUGACUCAUACAAGGCCUUCCGUACCAACUUGGUCUUGCUGUGGAUUUUCAGCAACCUGAUCCUAGUGCUCUGCAUCACAGCUACCGGCGUGGAUCGAUUCUGUAUCACGAAUACCUCCACUACGCGAACUGCCAACUACUUCUCGGCAAUUUUGUGGACCACAGCCGGUUUGUCGGUCUUCCGUUUUAUCGGCGCUCUUUAUUUCCUGGGCAAGUCUGGCAUUCUCUGCGUCGUUUCUCGUCGUUAG